UAUAUAGUAGAUGAUGGAGGGAAAUUGAAGUUGCAUCGGAGUGAGCGUAACUCAGAGCGACGACUUUUGGGUUUUCACAUCACAUAAAUUUCAAGCUUUUUCUGUUUGCAUCAGUACCACUUGUUUUCCUUUUAUGUUUUGUUUUCUCGAACAAGCAAGAAAUCCAAAGUCAAAAAAAGGGCAAGUCAAUGGCCGAAAACGAAUCGCCGCCGCCGGCGUCGACGACGGCCCCGAUGACUCUGCUGUCGGGCUUCUUCCCCGAGAAUGACCCCGACAUCUACUGCCGUUCGUUUUCCCAGCUUCUCAUGCCCAGCUUCGGCCAGCCGGCUGAGUUUAUGUUCCAGCAGAAUAGGCCGGCGGGGUUGGUGGUGUCGCCGCCGCUGGCAAUGCUCACGGUUCCGCCCGGUUUGAGCCCCGCUAGCUUGCUCGAUUCGCCGCAGGGCAUGGUAGGAGCAGGCGAGCAACAUGACUUCCACUCGUCAUCAACAACCUUUUCCUUGCAACGAAACGUGCCUCCUCGUGUGCCCGAGAUUUCACAAAUGAAAUCCCAGUUGGUAGUUGAUAAGCCUGCAGAUGAUGGGUACAACUGGCGCAAGUAUGGGCAGAAACAGGUGAAGGGCAGUGAGUUUCCUCGAAGCUACUACAAAUGCACGCGCUCGGAUUGCCCGGUCAAGAAGAAAGUAGAGCGUUCUCUCGAUGGUCAGAUAACCGAGAUCAUCUACAAAGGCCAGCACAACCACCCCCGCCCUGCUAGGCGUGCUACAGAUUGCUCCACAGACCAGGACUCCGUGUCCGCCUCAACUGACAGCGAGGCAGAUGGCGAUGAACACGAAUCCAAGAGAAGACGUGUUGGGGAAACCUCGGAGCAAGCCUUGUCUCGUCGUACAGUGACGGAGCCUAGGAUCAUUGUUCAGACAACAAGUGAAGUUGAUCUCUUGGAUGAUGGUUACAGAUGGCGAAAAUAUGGGCAGAAAGUUGUUAAGGGGAAUCCUCACCCGAGAAGCUACUACAAGUGCACGAGCCAAGGUUGCAAUGUGCGAAAGCAUGUGGAGAGGGCAGCCACCGAUGCAAAAGCUGUGAUAACGACGUACGAGGGGAAGCACAACCACGACAUCCCUGCUGCUAAGACGAGCAGCCAUAGCAGUGCUGCUGCCUCACAGCUGAGACCAGUGAAUGAACUUGCUGAGAGGUACGGGGGCGACGACCAGCGGCUUCCUCACAUGAAGGAAGAACAGGAUAGCAUAGCUUCCUCUCAAAAUAACUGGAAAAUAUAUAACAGCUAAAAGAAGAAGAAGAUCAUGAUUGAUUGAUUAAUUGAUUCUGUUGUUUGCUUAAGCUUUGAUUUGACAGAGAGAUGCACAAACAUAGAAUCUAGGAUACACACAUUACUUUCAGAUUAGUUACAGAAAUUGAGUUGUUGUUUGUAUAUUCUUUGUGAAACCACCAGCAUUUGAAAAAAAUAAAAAUAAAGAAGAUUUGUUACUUUA